CAAUUCCCUAAAUUUCAUCAUAUCCCUCUUCCCCCUACGUCACUCUCUUCCUCUCUCACUCUCACUCUCACUCUCCCAGAAAGCCCAUUGUUUGUUUGGCUUUGCAGCAUUUUAUAUCUAUUAUCUUCGAAUAAGCCCGAUGUCUGCUGCGGUCGCCCCAGCUGUAUCGACUCUUCGAUCAAACAUGUCUUCCCCCAUGGACUCGAAGAAGGAAAAAGAAGACUCGCAGGCCGCGUCUUCACAGAACGACCAGAAAUCUAACGUAGAGCCUCAGACCUCGUUGGCGCCGCCUCCACGACCGGGUGCGCCUACUGCGUCUGAUACCCCGGACUACUUCAGUUCCAUGCACAAUCCUUUCUCGCUAGAGCCCAAUCCAUUUGAGCAAUCGUUCGGAGGGAAUCCGGCCGAGACUCCAGGCAAAUCGCUUCUUCCCUCUGUUGCUGCGCUCACCUCACCGGCCUUACCUGGAACAACCUCUACUACUGGUGGUUACAAUUGGAACAACUCCCUCCGCUCGGGACCUCUUAGCCCGGCUAUGCUCCCUGGGCCCACCGGCCCUAAUGACUACUUCGACAGUAUCGGUCGUGGUUUCCCUACCCCGAACGAGUCAUCUCUCCGCACGGGACUGACACCUGGCGGUGGAGGUUCCAUGUUCCCGGCCCCCAGUCCUAACUCACAAGCUCUCUUGCAACAACUUCAGAACGGCGGUGCCACUCCUUCCACUAUUGAUUUCCAUCGCACCGCACUCACAGCGAAGAAGAACAACUCGAAUGCUCCCACCUCCAACCCCAACGAGCAGGAACAAGCUGCUGCUAAUAUGGAUGUAAAACCAGCUCGGCCCGCUGACUUCACUCAGCAUGAUGCGGCUGAUGCGGCGAAUGGACUGUUCAUGCUGGCAAAGGGUGGCCAGGCAAACAAUGCGCCGAUGAACCAUGCCCAGAUGCCAAAUGAUACCCGUGCUGCAACCCGACGUGUUUCCCAGAACACCAAUGGUACCAGUGUUGAGGAUGCAUCUGAUCAUGAACCCGCUAAACCCGCUAAGGGUAAGGGCAAAAAGAGUGCCGCUAAGGCCCCUGCUGCCAAUAACCGCCGCAAGGCCGAAGAUGCCCCGAAGGGAUCCAACAAAAGGGCCAAAGCCAACACGGAGAUGCCCUCGGAUAUGGAUGAUGAGGACGAUGACGAUGAUAUGAAACAAUUCCCAAUGGAUACCAAGAAGAUGACUGAUGAGGAGAAAAGACGCAAUUUCCUGGAGCGGAAUCGUGUCGCGGCUUUGAAAUGUCGUCAACGGAAGAAGCAGUGGCUGGCUAACCUCCAAAACAAGGUUGAGCUUUUCACCUCAGAGAAUGAUGCCCUUACUGCUACAGUGACUCAGCUGCGUGAAGAGAUUGUCAACCUCAAGACUUUAUUGCUGGCACACAAGGAUUGCCCGGUCUCUCAGGCCCAGGGACUCGGCCCCCUCAUGAUGAACGGCAUGUCAGCCGGAUAUGAUCACCACGGGUAUAAUAUGCCGCCUAACAUGGGCAUGCAGCCCGGUGGCAUCCCUACACAGGGCAUGCGUCGAUGAGAUAACUUGCUUUGUUUCUCAUCUCAAGAUACCUAUCGUGCUUUUCGCCGCAUGUAGGAAAUACGGUUCACUGCUUAGAUCCGGCGGUUGAUCUCUUCUUCCUAGGAGUUUGUUUUUCCUCGCGGUUUCCUUCGGCUAAGGCUCCGCCGAUUGUUCUGGCAUGGGCAGGUGUUAAUGAUCCUCACGACUCAAAAAUGGACGGACUAGGUGGUCUGGAAUGACCUUUUUUGAGGGUGUGUCAACUCGGCGUAUGAGAUGCUUUCUUUCGAUUUAUGGCUGCUUCGAGGUUGAUGUUCUGCUUUAUGAUGUUUCCCC